AUGCUGGCUCGGAGGUCCCGCAGUAGCAGCCGCAGCGGCGGUGAUGGAUCGUCAACUCGGUCCUACUCCGAAGAUCAAGUCCGUGCGUUCUCCGGCGAGAACAACGACAACAACAGCAUGAACAAUAGGGAAGGCUCGGCGAAGCCCACGAAGAGUGGUUUGGCUUCUUUCCAGGCGAGUGGACGUUUUCUCGCGUCAUACGACCACCACAGAGACGCACGCGAUGCGCCCUCGACAAGUCGUCGUCAUCGAGGCGGUGACACCUACGGGAUCAACCGCUCCGGGGUGGACGACGCGAGGAAGCUCGAAGAGGGCAUCCGUGGACUCAGCAGUCAACCAAAGGACGGGAGCAAGAGGCCGUCAGGGGAGAAUGAGACAGGCAACAGGGGCUCGAACGGCCACCGCCACAAGGAUACUGGCUUCCUCGCGACACUCAGGACGACCUUGUUCGGCGCCCGCGAACCGGUGUCCGACCUGAGCAUCGAGACGUUAGAGGAGCUACACAUGGUGACGGGCUUCACGUACAAGGAGCUACGACUCACCCGGUCUCACUUCCUUGCUCUGGUGAACGAGGCAAGCUUUAUCACCAGGGAGGAAUUCCUCGAGAUACCAUCCGUGGCAAACAACCCGCUGAGAGAGCGUCUGCUCGUUUGCUUCGGUUUCGAUUCGAUGGACAACUUGAAGUUCAAGGAGUUCGUGGAGAUCCUAUCAAUCUUCAACAAUCCGAGCGCCCAGAGGGAUCAGAAGCUGAGAAUGGCCUUUACGCUUGUCGAUAUCGACGGCGACGGCCAGGUGUCAAAGAAUGAUCUCGUGCGAUACCUCGAGCUGAUCACGGCCGCGCCGGAGGGUGUGAAGAUAGACCUGAACGCCGUCGCUGCGAGAGUCAUCGAGGAGGGUGCGUCUGCGCCAGGAGUCACGUCGUUGUCGCUCGGUGACUUCAUCAAGAUCAUGGGUGCCGCAGACUUUGCAGACAAGCUGACGAUCCCAUUGUGA